AUGGCGACACCGGCAGUUUCAUGCCCGACGACUGAGACCAACGACCUGAAGUCCGCCGUAUUCUGGGAGCAGCUGCUGGAAAGUGUCGUAAACGACGAAGGGGUGAGGAAAAGCCGGUCUGUGUUUGAGGUUUUCCUGGAGUCUGAACGGACAUAUGGAAAGUUGUACCAAGCUUGGUCAAGAGGAGUCCCUGCUCAACUUUCAGACAAGUUGCAAGAUACUUUUCAAGAGGUUCUUAAAGAUGCUGGGGUGGAUUCAGCACAGAAUUACACAGCGUUUGCCGCUUUCAGCUUUCAGCCAGUGAGUGCAGGUGUUCCUUGGUUACCGGCUGGUGUCAUCGUUGGCAUCCCUGUCAAUUUCAACAGCACAGAUGACGAAGGAAAAGGGAUAACCAAUCGAAUUGUCAUGAUCAAUGGCAGAGACAUCAACUGGGACAGUGAGGUGGGAAAAGCCCUAAGGGAAUCCCUCACCUUUUCACUUGAUGCACAGAAGUUUGCCAUAGCACGAGAAAUUAAGUAUUUGCAGAGUAACAGCCCCGUUAUUUAUUCACUGGUGGGAUCAGUCUGUUUAGCGGGCACAUACCUGACUGGGGUAGCAGCAAAACAAGCCCUAGGCCUAUACGCCAGUCCUGUAUUGGUACGUGGCUUUUACAACUUGGUUGUAGCAGCAAUGGGACUUGUAGGUUACUUUCUUCUUUCUGAUACAGUUAGUCACUGGCUUGACUAUCGAUCAGACCAUCGCACAGCUACAAUAUCAAAGAACUAUGCAGAGGGAGGCAUUGAGUUUUACGAUAAAGUACUUGCACGGAAUAGAACAUUUCGUUUUCUACUGGGUAAAAAAGGAGUGGAAAUGUAUGCAACAAAUGGAAAUCUGUUCCCAAAGCAUUGGUUCAGAUUGAAACAUGCUCCUUACACCUCCAGAAAAGAGAUGAUUGAAAAUACAUUGAAAGACUGCUGGAUGUAAACCAGUGAAUUGUACCCCAUCCACCAAUUUAAAUAUCCAUCCGUUCACUACUGACACACCGUGGCAGCAGUGUAUACUAUCUACAAGAUGCACUGCAGCAACUCACCAUGGCUCCUCAACAGCAUCUUUGAAAUUUGCAAUCCCUACCUAGAAGCACAGGCAUCAGAUGCGUGGGAGUACCACCACCAUCUGCAAGUUUGCCCCUAAGCCACACACCAUCCUGAUUUGGAACCAUAUCGCUGUUCCUUCAUUGUUGCUGGGUCAAAAUCCUGGCACUCCUUCCCUAAGAGUACUGUGGGUGUCCAUGCACCAGAAGGACUAAACCAGUUCGUGAACGUUACUCAUCACCACCUUCUUAAGAACAGUAAGGUGACAGAUGCUGCCCUUGCCAUUGACACCUACAUCCCACAAUUAAGUAUACAUUUGCACAAUAUCAUGUGCCAGUAGAAUUCUCUCCAGUUUUACUUUACUGUGUUUUCUGUGUGCUUUGUCCUGUUUUUCCAGAUUCUCUGUAGGAGAAGCAUCUCCCAACAUCACAUAAAUGAAUUUUGUGGAUAGAAAGCUCUGUCCUGCACCUGAUAAUAAGCUGUUCCAGUACGGUGAUUGGUAAAGAUUCACUGGUGCUUUUGUGACUUUUGCAUUGCUAAAAUUUAUUAAAUUGUUUUUUAUAGCAAUGAAUCAUCUAAUUUCAUAAAAUUCAGACACAAAUCAUGUGAAAAACAAGAAACUGAGAGACUAGCAUUCUGAGAUAGUAAGAACUACAGAUGCUGGAGUCAGAGAUAACACAGUUUGGAGCUGGAGGAACACAGCAGGCCAGGCAGCAUCAGAGG